GUGAAGUUUUCGCCAAUGCGCGGACCAGUCAUUCGCAAUCGCUCGACCCGUUUGGAUUGCAAUUUGGUGCUUUUAAGUUUUUUUUGGGUUAAGUUCUGGAUGAUCCUGUAGGAUCUACAAGGACUUCGGGAAAUAAUUCCCUUCUGGAAGUGAAAAAAAAUCAGUUUUCCGGUGAAACUGUAUUCUUGAAAGACACUUGUUCGAUUAUGAUUCCACAGUGUGACUGAUGUGAUCAAAAGCCGGAUCUUCAAUCAAUGGCAAGUGGCGGCGCGCCAUUCGAAGUGCACAUCCAUCGAUACUCCUCCGACGUGGCUCGAAAUGCCGCACUGUAGUGGGCGCUCUGAACUGUUGAUGUUUGUCACUGUUUGCCCUUAGAAUUGACGCUAGAAGAGGCACUGCGAAUGUCUAUCGUCGUCGUCGAGCGAUCGUACCCUAUAGUUCAUCCCAUUCCAUUUUAGUAUUUAUGUAAUUCGCUUAUUUAUUUGUUUAACGAUAGCUCGCAUUUAGAAUAGAAGUUAAACAGCGCAUUAGUGCACGCCACUCUGACAACAAUAGCGCAAAAGGUUCGCGAAGAUCGGUGCACUUCCUUUGUUCGUUUCAAGAAUCCGUGGAUGUGAUCAUACGUAUAGAACGCGUUGAGUAAGGAAAAGCUAAAUCCAGCAAAGCAAUAUCAAUUGCUUGUAGGCAUUAGAACUGAAUAGGAACUCUAGUCGCACCUAGUGUCACCGGUUUGUGCAUGUGUGUGUGGUGUUAAUGAAUAGGUAAACAAUUGUUACUCGCGCAGCAUCAUCAUCUUCAUCAACGAACGAAAACACCACCUUCGUACUGUGCAGUAGAAGAGAUUUGUCUACUCCUCUGCAUGCGAGGUACAACUAAUCAACGCGACGAGCAAGUGAAUAGCAUUAUUCAUACUUAAGAGCCAGAAGAAAAAAAAAUGCUGCUGACAGCGAUGGGAAAUCUGCCGAUGCUGCUUUUGGUGAUACUGGGAGUGCAUAUUGCAACAACAGCUGCGCAACAGGAAGUGAUUGUUGCCAUUGAUGAUCCUGACAAGACCCAAUACCACGAAGCAAACUUCAAUACGAGUGCGUACCAGUUUGGCUACGAGGUGGGACCAAACGGUCAGUUCCAUCACGAAACACGAGGACCCGACGGAGUCACAUAUGGUUGUUACGGGUACAUCGAUCCCAACGGAAUGCUCCGGGUGACCCAUUAUGUUGCCGAUAGUCACGGUUAUAGGGUGGUGGAACCAAAUCGACCGGUAGAGAUAUUUUCUGACUCGCCAGCGCAAUACAGCAACGCCCUUACCGAAGACGAACCCCAAUUUCGACACCGAGGUCAGCUGGUCGCCUGGCGAGAUUUAUAUCUGCCACGUGGCUGUGGAAUGUAUCCAGGAGGACUUCGUCCGGAUGGACCAGCGGUAACUCCACCUCCACCCACAGGAGCACCCACAAGACCAACAAAUGGUGGCACCAAUACUGGCGGUGGAAGUGGCACUGGUAGUCCUCAAGGAAGCGGAGGGUCUCAACAGUCGGGUGGAAAUCGACCAGGGCAGGGGCAAGGACAAUGGCAGGGACAAGGGCAAGGCCAAGGACAAGGACAAAACCAAGGACAGGGACAAGGGCAAUGGCAAGGCCAAGGUCAAGGCCAAGGACAAGGGCAAGGACAAAAUCAAGGGCAAGGACAGGGCCAAAACCAAGGUCAGGGACAAAACCAAGGUCAGGGACAAGGUCAAGGACAAGGACAAUGGCAGGGACAAGGACAGGGUCAAAAUCAAGGACAAGGACAGGGUCAAAAUCAAGGCCAAGGACAGGGCCAAGGGCAAAACCAAGGUCAAGGACAAGGACAGUGGCAAGGACAAGGCCAAGGUCAGGGACAAGGUCAAGGCCAAAGCCAAGGUACUAGACCUGGACAAGGUCAGGGACAGGGACAAGGACAAAAUCAGUGGCACGGGCAAGGUCAAGGUCAGCGACCAGGACAAGGACAGGGACAGGGUCAAGGACAGGGACAAGGACAGGGACAAGGGCAGAAUCAAGGUCAAGGGCAAGGUCAAUGGCAAGGGCAGGGUCAAGGACAGACGCAAGGACAGGGACAAGGCCAAGGGCAGGCACAACGACCAGGGCAAAAUCAAGGACAAACCAGCGGUCAAGGGCAAGGACAAAACCAGGGUGGCAAUUGGCAACAACAGGGACCUGGAGGUCAAAGCCAAGGGCAAGCCCCACAAACUGGGCCUGGACACCACCAUCAAGGACAACAUCAAGGAUCGCAUCAGGGCCCGAUAAGUUCUGGUCAGCACCAGGGUCAGCAUCAAGGAAGCCAUCAGGGAGCUGGUCAAGGUUCUCAUGGGGGGCAGCACCAGGGAUCUCACCAAGGACCUAUAAGUUCAAGUGAGCAUCAGAACCAACACCAAGGCAGUCAUCAAGGCUCUUCGGGUCAGCAUGGUGGGCAACACCAAGGAUCUCAUCAAGGCCCGAUCAGUUCCGGCGCACAUCAAGGACAACACCAAGGCAGUCAUCAGGGUAUCAGUCAAGGUUCACAUCAAGGCCAACAUCAAGGGUCACAUCAGGGUCCUAUUAGCUCAAGUGAACAUCAAAAUCAGCAUCAAGGUAGUCAUCAGGGAAUACAUCAGGGGCAACAUCAAGGCCAGCAUCAGGGUCAACAUCAAGGUCCAAUCAGUUCAGGACAACACCAGGGCAGUCAUCAAGGAAGUCAUCAAGGCGGCAGCCAUGAACACCAGGGUCAGCAUCAGGGAUCCCAUCAGGGUCCUUUCGGCAAUUCAACACACAACAUUCAGGUGUCGUGGAGUCAUCAGAAACCUGGGCAACAAGGCCAAGGGCAAGGUCAACAACAAGGACAAGGUCAGCAGCAAGGACAAGGCCAAGGGCAACAGCAAGGGCAAGGUCAAGGACAGCAACAAGGGCAAGGUCAACAGCAAGGACAAGGGCAGGGCCAACAACAGGGACAAGGUCAGCAGCAAGGACAAGGUCAAGGACAAGGCCAAGGACAAGGUCAACAACAAGGUCAAGGACAAGGUCAAGGCCAAGGACAGGGACAGGGUCAAGGUAAUCAUCGAAUGCACCUCGUUACAGAAAGAACUAUAUUUACUCAAUUUAUAGGUCAAGGUCAACAACAAGGACAAGGACAAGGCCAAUGGCAAGGACAAGGCCAGGGUCAACAGCAGGGACAAGGCCAAUGGCAAGGCGGGGGUCAGGGUCAGGGUCAACAGCAGGGGCAGGGUCAAUGGCAAGGACAGGGACAGCAACAAACGACCACAGCAAGGCCAAUUGGAGAACCCUCGACGGAUUAUCCUUAUGGACCAACAUCACCAGCUCCCUCUCCAUCUGGGUUCACAACCGCACAACCAGACUAUCCAUCGACUGCCAGCGGUGUCCAACCUCCGAAUCGUCCUGGACAAACUGGUCCUCCUCCCUCCAAUGGAGGCAACAACAACAACAACAACCAAUACCCUCCCUAUCAGAUUGCUGUUUCUCAGUAUCCGUAUUUCUUUGUUCCUUACCCUUAUCCUCCACCUCAAGCUCCAUGCAACUGUCCACAGGAUCAAAACCGUCCUCCUACCGGUUACCUCGGCUUCAUCCCGGUCAUCUACGUACCGAGUUGCUCCGCACAAAAGAGUGGUCUUCCCACGCACAUUAACUGGCCGGCUCCUCCACCGCCAAAUGGCCUUGGCAAAGCUCUUGAAGACUUGCCGCUGCAGCGAUUAGUUCAGGGCUCGGAUGGAAGCUGGAACAUUGAACAGCUAUCGCCAGAGGAACGACAACAGCAGUUGCAGCAACUGCAACUGGCACCAUUGCAGCAACCUCAGCAGGUUCCACAGCCAAGACUUCGCCAGAACCGAAACCGUAGACUUCGGAGUAGACGACCUCCUCCACCACCGCCUUCACAGGUGGAGCAGUUCGUGAUAAAACCAGAAUCUCAGAUUGAAUCCGUGUGAGAAUGGGAAGAACGUGGUCGUCGGAACCGAUGGGAAGAAGAGGGAUACUUGGGAAAGAAAGAUGGCAACGAUAGUGAGAAACUCGUGAGGGAACAGACUGGUUGUGACGUGCAAGUCCAACGUGACCGUCCUCCAGUAUUGAGAUCAACCAUUAAUGGUAGGACGUGAGACGAAAAUACUCAUUCGAUUUUAAGCUUAGGUAUGUGCUAGGGAACUGAUUCUUGAAGGCAGCGUAGUCGGCGAAUGAUAACUAGUGUUCUAAUAAAUGUCAGAAAUGAA